CAUUUAUAUGAAGAAGAAAAAGCUGCGUUUGGGGAACUCCUGACAUCACGACAACGAACUCUUGUCAAGCGAGUUCGUGUGGACAAGAAGAGCUGCCAAAAGAGAGCCGUCACUGGACGUUUUGCGUUUCAGAGGCCCGCCGGGUGAUCCGGAAGAGGCCGGCGCUGAAACAUGGGUCUGCUGGCCACGAUACGGAAGGAAUGGUUCAUCAUUGGGAUUGUACUGGUGAUUUUGUCAGCUAAAGUGGAGCCCAGCUUCGGUGCCAAAGGAGGACCGCUGAAGCCUGAGAUCACCAUUUCUUAUCUCGCCGUCUCGCUGAUCUUCUUCAACAGCGGUCUCUCGUUGAAGUCAGAGGAGUUGACCAGCGCUUUACUUCAUGUGCGACUUCACCUCUUCGUUCAGUCCUUCACGCUGGUAUUCUUCCCGCUGACCAUCUGGCUGCUGGUCAGAGUGCUGGCGCUGACCACCAUCGACCAAUGGCUGCUCAGAGGGUUACAGACGGUGAGCUGCAUGCCACCUCCGGUCUCCUCGGCCGUCAUUCUCACCAAAGCUGUCGGCGGUAAUGAGGCGGCUGCCAUCUUCAACUCUGCAUUCGGGAGCUUCCUGGGUAUCAUGGUGACACCGACUCUGCUUCUGCUCUUUCUGGGCUCGUCAUCCUCCGUGUCCUUUGGCUCCAUCUUCUCUCAGCUCUUCAUGACGGUGGUGGUGCCGCUCGUCGUGGGUCAGGUCUGCCGCCGCUUCCUGAGGGAGUGUCUGGAGCGCAGGAAGCCUCCGUUCGGCGCCGUCAGCAGCGCCGUCCUCCUCAUGAUCAUCUACAGCACCUUCUGCGACACCUUCAGCAAUGCCAACAUUGAGCUGGAACCCACCAGCCUGCUCAUGGUCGUCUUCAUCAUUUUCUCUAUCCAGCUGACUUUCUUGCUGCUCACUUUUGGAUUUUCCAGCAGAUCCGGCUCAGGAUUUAGUCCCGCCGACACGGUGGCCAUCAUGUUCUGCUCCACGCACAAGUCGCUAACGCUAGGUAUCCCGAUGCUGAAGAUCGUGUUCGCAGGCUACAAGCAUCUGUCGCUCAUCUCGGUCCCUCUGCUCAUCUACCACCCGGCCCAGAUCCUCCUCGGAUCCGUACUGGUGCCGACCAUUCGCAGCUGGAUGACCAGCCGACAGAAAAUGACACCGAGCUUGCAGCCCGUCUGAGGAAAUGAGCAGAUCACCGAUCGAUCAUGUGCCUUACUGGGGCCAAUCAACACCGACCUCAGCCUGGGGACGGACACGAGGACCAACUGCUGCUUUACCGCCCUCCACGAUGGCAAAAACCAAAACAUUUAUUCUUCUUUAUUGAACAGAAGCAAAGGUACAUGUUUUAUAUUUGAUGACGGACACGUGGGGUUGCUGGGACCAUUCUUUUUCGGAUUGUCUUUUCUACAUUUUCUACUCACUUUACAUUUCCAGGUUUCACUACUGAGAGGAAAUGCGAACUUUGUUACAAUAGUUUUGAUCUUGUUACAAGAGUCUUGGGGCUAGAAUAUGUUGUAUUUAAUAUGAUUUGUAGCCUUGAAUGUUUAAUCCAAGUGAUGAUGACUCAACAUGAACCCAUAGGCAGAAUUUGUCUUUUUUCAUGUGUUCGACGCUAUGAACAUUCACAAAGCA